AUGGCAGCAGCCAUCGCCAGCUCCCUUAUUCGACAGAAAAGGCAGGCGAGGGAGCGGGAAAAGUCCAACGCCUGCCGCUGCGUCAGCAGCCCCAGUAAAACGAAAGGGAGCUGCGACAAACCCGGGCGACUCAACGUCUUCUCCCGGGUCAAACUCUUCGGAUCCAAGAAGAAGCGUCGGAGACGGCCAGAGCCCCAGCUGAAGGGGAUUGUGACCAAGCUGUACAGUCGGCAGGGUUUCCAUCUCCAGCUGCAGGCAGAUGGAACCAUUGAUGGAACCAAGGAGGAGGACAACGGCUACACCAUGUUCAACCUUAUUCCCGUGGGUCUGCGCGUGGUGGCCAUCCAGGGGGUGCAGACCAAACUCUAUCUGGCUAUGAACAGUGAGGGCUUCCUGUACACGUCGGAACACUUCACGCCGGAAUGCAAAUUCAAGGAGUCAGUGUUCGAGAACUACUAUGUGACGUACUCCUCCAUGAUAUACCGCCAGCAGCAGUCAGGCAGGGGCUGGUACCUCGGUCUGAACAAGGAGGGAGAAAUAAUGAAGGGCAACCAUGUCAAGAAGAACAAGCCGGCAGCCCACUUCCUUCCAAAACCUCUAAAGGUGGCGAUGUACAGAGAGCCAUCCCUCCACGACCUCACGGAAUUCUCCCGCUCCGGUAGCGGUACGCCCACCAAGAGUCGGAGCGCCUCGGCCAUGCUGAACGGCGGCAAAGCUGUGAGCCAGAAUGAGUCGACGUAG